AGGAGGACAGGGACAGUGAGCGGCACAGCCACAGUUCAGAGGACCCAGAUGGGGGGCAGCUUGUGCUGAGGAUUUCCGUCACCUCUAAUAAGUACUGACCAAGUGAACGAGUGAACUCAGGUACCUCACCGUCUCUCCUGCCCCUUCCUGGCCUCUAUCCUUGGGGCAAGGUUGGAGUCAGGCUCUGGGGUGGCAGGGCCUUGAAUCUCUGUCCUAUUCUGGUCCAUCUCCUGGGGGCCUGACAGCCCCCCAGGCAAGGCUGGGGAGACUCCACACUCCUGGGCUGAUUUCACUCCUGAGCUAGAUGAGGUUGAGAUGACUGUCACCCCUUCUUCCCAGUCCCCACACCCUGUCAACAUAAAUGUUAUGUCCAGGCUCAAGGAAAAGCUGCCUUUGUUCCUGGACUUUCUUACUGGGUUAGAAAGUUGAUGGACUUACCUGGAAAUGUAAGUGAAGAUGUUGGGAAGCCAGAGGCACUCCCUGGUGUGACACUGAUGUGUCAGGAGGGAGAUUGUCCUUGGUGUCCCGUCCUCUUCCCUGUCUUCUCUGUUGUCCCUGCAGGUCGCCAGCUCACUGGAGCCGAGAGGGCCUCUAUGGCUGCCGCAGAGGAGACGGACAUUGAUGCAGUAGAGGUCCCUCUCCCCGGCAGUGAGAGCCUGGAAUUCAGCCGAGGAGUGACCGACCUGGAUGCCGUGGGGAAUGACGGUGGCUCCCAUGCAGACUCCAAGGUGCCGCCCCUGGAGUCCGUGCCCACAGCCUCACCCAGGAUGCUGCUGCCCCCGUCCUGCACCCAGGCCCCGGGCAUGGGGACGCCGCUGUCCUCGCAGCACCAGCUGCAGCUCCUGCACCAGCUCCUCCAGCAGCAGCAGCAGCAGACACAAGUGGCCGUGGCCCAGGUUCACUUGCUGAAGGACCAGCUGGCGGCGGAGGCGGCGGCGCGGCUGGAGGCUCAGGCCCGAGUGCACCAGCUCCUGCUGCAGAACAGGGACGCCCUGCAGCACGUGUCCCUGCUGGUCAGGCAGGUGCAGGAGCUGGAGCUGAAGCUGUCAGGACAGAACGCCAUGGGAUCCCAGGACAGCUUGCUGGAGAUUACCUUCCGAUCCGGAGCCCUGCCUGUGCUCAGCGACCCUACGACCCCCAGGCCGGAGGACCUGCCCUCGCCGCCCCUGGGCGCUGGCCUGGCCGACCUGGCCCUGCCCACGGGCAGCCCCUUAGUGGACCACAGCAUGUUUGAGAAUAUGAACGCAUCCCUCACGCCAAAGCUGCAGUCCAGCCGCUCUGUGCCCCACUUGUCCCGGCCAGGAGCCCCCUCCGUGGCCAUGGCCCCAGGGUCUGUGGAGCCUGGCGGGCCAGGCCUCUGGGUGGGCAGCAGCCAGCACCUCCGGAACCUGGGGAAAGCCAUGGGGGCCAAGGUGCAUGACUUCCUGCGGAGGAGGGAGCCCUGCAGCCUGGGUGGUGUGGGAGCCAUGGAGGUCAACAGGACAGCGGAGGCCCAGCUGGCCGGUGUGGCCGACGGCAAGGAUGACAGGUCAGCCCUGCCAGAAGCCUUCCCUCGGCUGGACCCUCCACCACCCAUAACCCGGAAGCGAACCCCCCGGGCCCUGAAGACCACACAGGACAUGCUGAUCUCGUCACAGCCGGUCCUAAGUAGUCUGGAGUACGGGGUGGAGCUGUCCCCCAGGCAGCCCCAGGACUCCCCUCCCCAGGCCCAGCCUGGCCCCGAGGACACUUCACAGCCAGAGGCCCCAAUGCAGAGGGCCCUGCCCAACGGCGAGGUCUCCCUGUCUGUACCGGACCUGCUCCACCAGGAUGGCCAAGAUGAGGCCAGGCUGAAGGCGGCCGAGUGCAGGGGGGCCUCCCCAACCAGCCCCAUCGAGAGGAGUGGCCUCCAGCUCAGCCUGAGCCCCAUCCACCUGGCAGAGUCGCUGCAGGAUAGCAGCCCCCAGCCUGGGGUGCGGACCUGCAGCCUGGACAGCGAGGGGCCACACCCUGACCUUCUGUCUUUUGAGUAGAGCCCCUUGCUCCUCCUGCCAAGCAUCCCUGUGCUCUCUUCCACCCUCAUCCCCAACUCCACGCCCCCCACACCACGUCCCCCUUGUGCACAGGCCCCAACAGAGCCCCCCAGGCUGGGGCAGGGCCAGAGCCGCCGUCCUAGGAAAAGGGCAGAGAACUGGGCCAUCCCUGACUUCACUUCCUGUGGGCCCCUCUGCCGCUGGCUGAAGCCCUGGACACAGAGCUCCCGGCCAAGGGUUGAAGGUUCAGGGGAAUAUUCCCUGUCUGUCCCACACAUGUCUGCUCUGGGCCCCCCACGUCCUGCUCUCCUGCUGCCUCAGGAACCGGGCUGGAUCAGGAAUGAUGGGUUUGGCUGGAUGAUGGGCCCAGACCCAGAAGCCGGCACUCUGACUGCAGCCCAGCCUGGUCACUCUUGGUCCCAAGACAGUGCAGGCCCCUGGUGGUUAUCUUGCCUCUGUCCCUGUGGAUGUGCUUACCGGGCCUGAGACCCCGAGGCAGCAUGGGGCUGGGUUUUCCAAGUGUCUCCCGCCUGCUGCCUGCUGGGUGGAGAGCUCAGUGGGCGCUCAGCACAGAGCCAUCCCAGGGGGCUGGGAGAUGCUGUCACCAACUCCGCUCAGGCUUGCUGUGUGAGAAAGCACCCCACUCUGAGCUUGUUUGGUGAGCCCAGCAGCUUGGCAUUGGGGGCACUGGUCCCCAGAGAGCUCAGAGCAGACCAGGCGCUGGUCCAUGGCAGCUCUCCCACCCUCUGCUUGAAGUGGCUGGUUCUAGGGUCCGAGCUCGGGGUGUACGUGGCCCUGGUGCAGACUGAGAGGUUGGGACACUCCUUUGGGACACAGUGGGGCAAAUUACUCAAUGGCAGCUGUUUGCUCUGGUGCUGAAAUUGCCACUGGCUGGGCCCUCCCUUGGGGCCUCCGCCUCCCUUCCUGGUCCUGGUGCCACAGGGUCCCUCACUCCUGCCUUUGGGAGCUUCAUAAGGGGCUGACCUACCCCACCCUACCUGGGUCCUGGCCUCAGGUAACCACUCUGUCCCUGUUUCCCCAGGGGUCCUGUCCUGCUGUCUUCCUGUCGCCAGGCGGCCCUGUCUGGGGGCGAUCCUCACCCAGGGGGCCUUUGCAGCAAGAAGAGAACAUCCCUUCCCUUGAGCAGGGUGGCCGGUUCCUGGGAGAAGGCUGGGGCAGCCAGUCGGGUUCGGCGUCCUGUGACCCCUGCAGCCCCCUUUUCUGCUCACUGUUGGGCUUUGCACUUGGUCACUUCCUCCCUCUCUCAUCACCAGCCUGUGAUCCCCUCCCCAUGCCAGCUCUGCCAAAUCUUAACGUUUGCACCCACCCACCCGGGAGCCCUCCCAGCAUUCUCACCUCCACAGCCCAGUGACUUGCCACCUCCUUCCAUUUCCCCAGAAGAAAGGCUUAGGCCCCAGCUAGCAGGGAAACCUGCCUUCCUCUCCCCACAGUGGUCCCUGCCCCAGGCACUGCAGGCCUGGUGAGGUGAGUGGAACUGUGGCUUUAGGUCCUGCUUCCUCCAAGGGCAUCACUAGGACAUGACACCUCACGCUGACAGGCAUUCGUCCUCAGGGCUCACUGGUCAGGCCUGUGUCUCCCAGGACAGCUAGGCUCGGGGUUUUGCACAGAACACAGCGGGGCCAGGGUAGGGGGGCGCGCCUGGCUUCUCUGGCUCCCUGCCAGGGCUGGGUUUGCUUCUCUGAGGGAGAACAUCCUGCUCCCCAGAGACCAGGCUGGCUCUGGCCGGGUGAUGCUGUGCCCUGGAUGCAGAGGUCGUGGGCCCUGCUGCCCUGAGCACCCUGCCCCCCACACCCAGGCUCAUCCAGGUCCUGCCCUCAGACCGGCUUGUCCCAGAUCACCACCAGGUGACCCAGGGUUUCUCAGACUCGCGCUCGAUGCCUGGUAGGGGCUGUGGGUCUUGCUCCAGGCACUAGCUGGCCUCCCGGUGACCACCCUGCCAUCCUCCAUCAGGGGCAAUACUGCAGCCUGGGCGGGGUGGCAGGGCAAGACUAACCUGGCCCCAGAUGUUGCACGUGGGCAGAGGCAGGAUCAAGGGCUUGUGACCUUGCUGUGGACCGAGGCUGAGGCCCGCUGCACCCAAAGCCCCGCCUGCUUCCCAUGUCCAUCUUCAGCCUGACUGCCCUGUGGCUGCGGUGGGCCACCACCCCACACAGCAGCUUCAGUGGGAGCCCGGGCCUCGGUGGCCCUGUCCACGCAAGGACCGGGUUCUGUGUCCAUGUGAGGAAGUUGGGGCCACCAUCUCUCCCUGUCCCCUGCCCCCCUGUUCAACACAGGUUUACCCUGACGGACCCCGUGAGCUUCCAGAACCGAGGGGGGGCCGGCACCUCCCCUGCCUGGUGGAAAGGGGUCCUGUCACGUGUGCAAGGUGUAGGAGACGCACCUGUAACCCUCCGGCUGUGAAAGAACAAUCGCCACCCCGUCGGGGGCGGGAGGAGAUGCAGAGCUGUACUGAGAGUUUUCUAGAGAUUUUAUAUUUAUAUUUUUAGCAGUUCUCUGGUGGAAGACAAUGACAAUUAAACAGUCUGUUUGUUUUUG